GCAGCGGGACAGUGCACGGGAGGAGGAGAAUAGAGGCUGCUGUGAGGAGGCUCACACCUGUGUGUGUGAGGAGUGUGGAGGCUGGCGGAGGAUGCAGGAGCCCUCACCCCAGCCUAGGGUCUAGCAGCCGCACACACUCUCUAGUCCCCAGCCUGUGACCACACCGUGACUGCUCCCCUCCGCCAGCAGCAGACAUGAGGCUGAAGCCCGGCUUCCUCCUGCGCAGCCUGCUGGUGCUGGCCACUUUCCUGGCUCUGCUCAUCCUCUGGUCCUCGCUCUCCUCCGGUCGGACAGAGCCCCCGCGCUCGCAGCUGGCCCGGGAAGAAAAUGCAAAUGUCGCUCAGCCUGGAAAAUCAGAAAAUAACCUAGCCCCCAAAAAUGAAUUUGAGCCUGUUGCGCCAUGGCCCCGUGUGGAGGGCGUAGAAGUAGACCUGGAGUCUAUCCGCAGGAAGAACAAGAUCCAAAAUGAACAAGACCGCCUGGAUGGGAAGGUUAAUAAUCAGCAGAACGUUAUGCAGCGCCAGUUUCUUACUUUUAAGCCCCAGAAACACGUGUAUCCAGCUCCAGUGCUUCGUCCGGGAGUUCUGGGAAAUUUUGAAUUUAAAGAACCUGAACCCCAGGGUGUGGUAGGUGGCCCAGGAGAAGGAGGAAAGCCAUUCAUUUUGGGAUCAGACUACAAAGAAUCCAUCCAGGCCAGCAUUAAGGAAUUUGGAUUUAACAUGGUCGCCAGUGACAUGAUCUCAUUAGACAGAACGGUCAACGACUUGCGUCAUGAAGAGUGCAAAUACUGGAAUUAUGAUGAGAACUUGCUCACGUCCAGUGUGAUCAUUGUUUUCCAUAAUGAAGGCUGGUCGACACUCAUGAGGACCGUUCACAGUGUUAUCAAGAGGACCCCUAGAAAAUACCUGGCUGAGAUUGUCAUGAUAGAUGAUUACAGUAACAAAGAACAUUUAAAAUCAAGGCUGGACAAUUACGUCAAGCAGUGGAAUGGGCUAGUAAAGGUAUUUAGGAACGAACGUAGAGAGGGGCUUAUACAGGCCCGAAGCAUCGGAGCCCAGAAGGCGAAACUAGGACAAGUUUUAAUUUAUCUGGAUGCACACUGUGAAGUGGGAAUUAAUUGGUAUGCUCCUUUAAUAGCUCCUAUAGCCCAAGACAGAACUGCUUGUACUGUUCCACUAAUAGAUUACAUUGAUGGCAAUGUUUAUACCAUUGAGCCACAGCAAGGUGGGGAUAGCGAUGGUUUUGCUCGAGGGGCCUGGGACUGGAGCAUGUUAUGGAAACGAAUUCCAUUAAGCGACAGAGAAAAGGCCAAACGAAAGCAUAGAACUGAACCUUAUUGGUCUCCUGCCAUGGCCGGAGGAUUAUUUGCGAUCGAGAGAGAGUUCUUCUUCGAGUUGGGUCUUUAUGACCCAGGUCUUCAGAUCUGGGGAGGAGAGAACUUUGAAAUUUCCUACAAGAUUUGGCAAUGUGGAGGAAAGCUAUUGUUUACACCUUGUUCACGUGUGGGUCACAUCUACCGUCUGCAUGGGUGGCAAGGAAACCCACCCCCAGUUUAUGUGGGAUCAUCACCAACACUGAAGAACUACGUUAGAGUUGUAGAGGUUUGGUGGGAUGAGUACAAAGACUAUUUUUACGCCAGCCGUCCUGAAACAAAAGCUCUGGCUUAUGGGGAUAUAAGUGAGCUGAAAAAAUUCAGAGAGGACCACAACUGCAAAAGCUUUAAAUGGUUCAUGGAAGAGAUAGCAUAUGAUAUCCCUGCACAUUAUCCGCUCCCACCCAAAAACGUGGAUUGGGGAGAGAUACGAGGUUUAGAUUCCAACUAUUGCAUUGACAGCAUGGGUCAUACAAAUGGAGGUUCGGUGGAACUUGGCCCCUGCCAUAGAAUGGGCGGCAAUCAGCUUUUCCGGAUUAAUGAAGCAAAUCAGUUGAUGCAGUAUGACCAGUGUCUGACUAAAGGGCAGGACGGCACCUCAGUUAUGAUCACACAUUGUAAUUUGAAUGAGUACAAGGAAUGGCAAUAUUUUAAGAACCUAAACAGAUUCACCCAUAUCCCAACUGGAAAAUGCUUGGAUCGCUCAGAGGUUCUUCACAAAGUGUUCUUGUCAGACUGUGACUCCAGCAAAUCAUCACAAAAGUGGGAAAUGAACAAUAUCCUUAGUGUAUAGAAUGGAAGACCACUGCACAAAGAUGAACUUGGCUGAAGACGACCUGGAACCGACUGCAAUUGAGAUCUGUAUUCAGCAAGCAUAAUGAAGGAGAAUGAAGAUCUCCAGGAUUAGAAUGGGGUCAUCCUGCAGUUAAUGUUUACAAGACUGCUUUUACCUUAAACUUUUUACACGUUUACAUCAUCUUGAUUCAAGAUAAUGUUUGUAAAGUGCUUCUAGCUCUGUUUGUAGGAACAAAGCUAAAGACAAUAUUUUUUUGGGAUUAUACUCAGGGGCUGGAAGGUAGUUUUUAAAACACACUUGAAAAUCAGUUGAUUAAUGUGUCUCGGUGAUUAACUAGAUUUCCAUUAGAUUUUAAUUUUAUUUUCCAAAGCACUGCCACGAUUUGUUUUAGCAAUGGUGGCUUUUGUCCGUGCUGCUGUUUUGAAUGGGAAAAUCUGAAAAAUCUUGGUGCCUCUUUAUUUCUUUUGUAUAGUAGAUCUAUGUGAUGACCAUGUGUUAACGGUGGAAGCUAACCGAUGAACGUUUGAUGAACAUAAGGAUGCAUAGAGGGUAUAAGGGACCCUCCUAUUGUCUGGGUGUUCUAGCCACAUCACAAGGCCAUAAUUCUUAAUGUUCAUGCUGUUCCUUUGGUAAGGAGUAAGUCGUGUCAGACUUGUGGUCACCUCUAAACAAUUAUUGCUGUCCUCUAAAGGUGCAACUUUUGAUAUUUUUGGUCUAUGUAAAUUGUAUAGCCUAGCUGAGUCUACUACCCACACUCCAAAAGUGUCUUCACACUCCACACAGUACCAGAUAUGGCACAAUGUUCUGGUUAGUGACAGAAUAUCAUAUUCCUAUUGUGGUUAUUUUUGACAUUGGAAAAAUUGAGGUUAUGGGCUUCAACUAAUCUCAGGUUAAACUGGAGUAACUUACACACUAUCGGUCAUUCUAACUCUCCAUACACAAACCACUGCAUCACAGUAUGUGGAGAGAGCAUGUGUCGUCUAAAGUGACACGUUAGUCAUAUGUAAGAGGUACAAAUAAUCAAGCAGUAACAGUAUAUGGCUUUGUUCCCUUUAAUUUGGUGACUGGUUCUCUUACUCAGGUCACAUCCUUUUCUGAAGUUUUCCGGGAUGGAAACAUUUUGAAAGCUGCUCAAUAUAUAUUGAAGGCACAGGUACAUUAGUUUAUGACAAAUCCAUAAAGGUUGCUUUGGGACGGAUAAGGUGUGUGUUGGACUCCAGGACAUUACUUCCACAAUGAUAUACAGCCAUACCUUUAACAUAGUUCAGUAAAAUGCGUCCCGUCCUGUGGUUUCUUUUUACUCUAUGGUGUAUCUCACUACAUAUUUUUAACGAUACGUCUUAAGACAACUGGCGACUGGGAAGCAAUAUACACAUUUACUAUAUAAGAAAGGUUUGUGAUUCUGUUUUAUAGCACAAAUAACAGGAUCAUUGCAGACGAAUCAUAUAAAAAUGACAUUAUCUCCUCAGUCUAACCAGUUAGUACGUAAUGUCUGCACACACGUCCAUAGUCCUUACAGUGAGAUCUUGCAUCUGACGCCGUGUUGGAGUAUACGUUCUGCUAUAUUAUUAUACAUGACUACUGGUGGCUUAAAGGAGUUAUCCGGUAAUUAAUAUUGACCUAUCCUCUGGAUCAGAUCAGCUGUUAGAAGAGGUCGGUGCUCCGUGAGCUCCACAGACUCUUCCUAGGCCAUGUGACCUCACCAUACAUCAGGACUCUGACCCCACCGAUGUAAUAAUGAAGACUUAGGCUAAGGAUAGGUCAUCAUCAUCCAUUCCUGGAUAACCCCUUUAAGUGAUCUCUACAUAUCAGCAAACUCUUAUGAUGCCUAUGGUAGUGGUCAUAUGGCAAUUAAAAUUCAAUGCUUACACGGUGUGCCAACAUGACUGGCAGUACAUACCGUACUAUCCAACAUUGUUCCUUUGUAAAUAAUAUUUAAGAAAUCCUGCUAAUGAGUAGUGAGAAGUAGACGUGAUAUAUGAAUAUAUCCACAGCAAGCUAUUGUGCUUGUCAUUAAUUUAUUUAUUGAGGGUUUUACUACAUUAGGGGAAACCAAAUCUCUUUCACUGUUGUCUGUACACAUUUGUUAAGAUGGUAUGAAACGAUACCUGAAAACCCCACAAUUGCCAGAUUGUUUACUAUGGCUCCAUAUCUACAUACAAUUAAUGGCAAAAUAUGACCGUUUCCUCCAGGCAGUACAUACCACCAAGGGCUCAUUCACACUUGCAUAUUACAGAUCUGUAUUAAUAUUUUUUUAAGUUUGUAAAACAUUUUUAAACAGUUUAAUUCACCUUUUUUUUAACUAUAAAUCUGUAUGAAAUUAUUUCCAAUACAUAGCACGUUACAACAAAUCCAUAUGGGUAUUAUUCUCAGUCCAUAGAAGUCAAUGGAUAUGUUCUAUUUUUGCUUGGCUCACAUGUGUGGAUUCCUUUUUUAUUAUCCAUCUUUCUUUGUUCUCUCCAUUCCUGGUGGCAUGCAAUGGAGCCCCAUUCGUGAAAUAGGAGAGGGUUCCAGAGGUGGGACCCACACCUAUCAGACGUUUAUGGCAUAUGCUGUGGAUAUUCUUUAUUCAGAUUGGACAGCCCCAUUAAGCCACUUUCAUAUGGUCAGUAUUUUUACGCCAAAGCUAGGUGUGGAACCUACAGCCAAAAACAAUAAUGGGAACAUUUGCAUCUUCUGUUUUUUGGACCCACCCCUGCUUUUGGAUUACAAAUACUGAUGCUAAAUGAAAGUGGCUUUGUAAUAUCUUCUUUCCUGGUUUGGCCAUGCUCUAAUAAUAAAGUUCAAAAUCCUGCAGCUGUUUUUUUUUUCCACCAGAGGCCUCAAUUUCUGUUGACUCUGUAUAGGAAUCCAUUGAUCUGAAUGGGAACUGUAUACAGUGUGACUCUAAUGGAAAAUGUCAACCUCAUUCUUGCUCAAGGUGAUACUUGGAGGUGCCUUUAAAUUUUAAGUUGAACCACCCUAUGUUAAUAAUGUAACUAUAACUGUGUUGUGGACACACUUUAUCAUACAGGAACUGAUUAGAAGGGAUCAUUGGAUACUCAGUAAUAAAUAUGGAUAGAGUGAACUUGUGU